ACAAGUUGGCAAUACGAUGAUUCAUGUGCAAGUGUCUACUUAUUCUGUGACUCUAGUCUCAACAAUACUUGUAAUUAUGUGACAUGCUCUAACAGUGACUAUAUUCAAGGUUGGAAUGAAGUACAAUACAAGUUCCCUAGUCGAUGCAACAAUCAAAUGUAUUGCCCAGACAAUGGUUCUCGUUGUACUCCACUUGUGCCUGUAGGAGGUCAUUGUGAAUUGCAAAGAGAUGAUGAAUGCGCUGGAAAAGAUGCUAUCUGUCUCAAUUCUACUUGCUUUGUGAAGGGAUCACCUUUAGGAGGUAAUUGUGGCUCAGAUAGAACUGACUAUGUAUCAUAUGAUGCAAAGGGGUUUGCAGUCCAGCAAAUCAUUAUUCGCGACAACUGUACAGAAGGUACAUGGUGUAGUGACACAAGCCAUACAUGUACUUCCUCUUUGCCAUUAGGGGCAACAUGUUGGCAAGACCGAGAAUGUCUCUCAGAGACCUGUAGUGAUGAAGGCAAAUGCAUUACUGGUCCAGAUGUCUUUCAUACCAUUGCAAACUGGUUAUGGAUUGUUCUCGGAUGUGCUGUCUUGGUGUUUGUACUGACCAUUCUAGGCAUGUUAUGGCUUCUGCAUCGGUACCAGUCACGCAAAGAACAUGAAAAAGUACUCAAAUUUUUUGGGGAUAAUGAUGAGUUCUUUAAAAAGUACAAUAGCAGUACUGCCCAGUUAUGCAGUAGUCGAGCUAGCGUGGUCUAUUUGACUACACCAGACUACAAUGAAUCUACUGCGUUGACUACAAGACCCUCAACAGGCGCCGAUUAUUAUUCCCCACCUCCACCUCCAGUCCACAGUAGUGUUUCAACUCAGCCAAAUAAUCAUUCUUUGGCUCCCUUAUUAAACAAUACGUUACGUACAGGCAGUAGCUCAUCUAGUCAUGACUAUUACAAGUACAACAGCCCUCCUCCACCCAGCCCGUUCUAUUCGCGACAACCCUCUCCCUCAUCUCAACCACUCUUGCCCCCACCUUCCUUUCUUCCCAACAUGAUAAAAUAUCAACCGGUCCUUCCUAGUCUAAUGGAUCAACACAAAAAAAAAGAUUGGUUUGAAAAACCUAAGAAAUAUGAACAAGAACCUCUUGACACAAGACAAGACUACCAUGAUCUAAUGACUUGCUUGGAUAAUGAGUUUUGGGAACAAGCGGACGAAAUUUAUCAAGAGAAAUUAAUGAACUUACAGAAUGAACUUGUAUUGCUUCAGAAAGAACUCAUUGCUGACUAUGAAUUACAACGAGAGAAAUCAAUUCAACAGGCAGAAUGUUUCAUGAAAUAUCAAAUUUCAUUUAUUGAACAAUAUUUCGAUCAAGACUUGAGUGCAUUAGAAGAUGAAUAUGAGAAUGAACGAAAACAUUUACAAGACACGCUCAUGACUUCAAUUGAAGACAAAAGAAAGCAAAUUAAAGAAGAUGGUAAAUAA